CACACGUACAGUACUCACACUGGACUCAGAGGGACUUUUGUUUACUACAGCAGCAGCCGAAAGAUGAAAUUAAUUCCUGAGACCUUCUCUUGUCUGUUCCGACUGCUGCUCCUGACUGAGCUAAUUGUUCAGUCUUCAUCUCUUCCCACCCACAGCUCCUCCCACUGUGGAUUUUUUGGACAAAUGAUACAUCAGGUGGAAAGUUUGAUGAACUUAUCCAAAAAAAUGCAUGAGUUGAGAAAUGAAGAACUGCAACAUUUUGAAGAAGUCCCAGUAAAGCUGGAAAAUCUGCCUGAUUUGCAUUACACUGCUAGCCAUUUAAGGAAACUAAAGGUCAAUGAAACCCUAACCCUGCUGCAUACGUACACUCAGUCUUUCAGACUCCAUAUUGACUGGUUGAAAGAUGCAAAAGAAAAUUUCAGUUUGCCUUUCCAGACUGAAGUGAGCGCCAGUUCUCAUCUACUGCACUUGUCCAACCUCAUUAAAAGAUGUCUUCAUCCGCCAAACGAAAGUGGUCUUCAGUCUACUGUUCCCCACCUUCCUGUUGUCUCCACCGCCUUUGAAACCCUAUUGUACUCCAUAGAAAUCUCAGACAGGUUAAACGUCUUCUGUGUGUGGUCAAAGAGAAUCUUACGGUACAUCCACAGGCAUUCUUAAAAAAGAAAAAAAAAGGUGUAUGGUACUUUCAGAGGCAGUACUGAUGCCGUGGGUAUUAUGCCAACGUCAUCAGAAAACCACUGUUCACCCCAGAAUGUUUUGAAGCAGUAUUAUGUCAUGCUAGUGGACUACCUCAAGAUGGCAGAGUUAGAUAACCCACCAUGUUGGUGCUGACCGAGAGAAUAGACGAUUUAUUAUCCUCCUUCUUUUACAAGCACAACUUCAGUUUAGCUUAGAAAUGUGACUCCACUUAUUUAUGAGACAGAGUAAAAACUCACAGGCACUCAAAACAAAAACACAUUUUAAAACUUUGCCAGAUCUUUUUUUCAUUAUGGUUGCAAAAACAGUUUGUUCUUAUACAUAAUGGUGUAUUUUGGGGAAUAUGUUUGAAAGGAAAUUGUCUUAGAUGCACAUCCAAUCACAGCCUCACAUAGGAAUGUUUUCUCAAUAACUUUAGCAUAUUUAACCCCAUAGAAUCUAAAACAUAACAUAAUUGUCAGAAUUUUCUAAUUUCUGAACCUAGAGUCUUUCUUGAACUUUCAGACAAAUACAAACAAGAAUGAGAUCUAAUUGUGUAAAUAGGAUUUCAUAUCAUUUGUGAUACAUUUUUGUGUAAUUUAUUAUGCAUUUUCUGUUCACUACAUGCAGCUGAUUGUGACAGUUAGAUUUUUAAAGAAAAAACAUGUUUAUGUGGAGGUCUAAAAAUCAGUUAUGAUAAAUCUGGGGUUACAGGGUUAAACCAUGCUCACACAUUGAAGGCAACACCAUCACCAUGUUGUCAAACAGUUUGCAGAACUUUUCAUGAUCAGUAGAUUAGACAAAAACAAAAUUUCCCUGUUGACACAUUAAUUAUUUGCUGUAUCAAUAUUUUCUGUUAGUGUUUGCACUUACCAUGCAGAAAGUGUUUUUGGUUUAUCAUUUUUAGGAAGAGUUUUUAAAGUGUCUUGAAUUUGCAGAUUUUGGUAGAGCUUCCAUUCAUGUGUCUAGUCUAAAGACCAAAAACUGAAAACAAAAACAACUGUGCUCAAAAUAUUUAAAUAAAUUUAAAUAGAAUAGCUUCAUUCUUACUCUGCCAUCACUAUGUUUCAGCUAUGUGCCUGAUGGUUGAUAAUCAGCAGCAAAGGUGCAAAAUUUAAAGUUGGAGUUUUUAGUAGAAUUUGCAGCCUGACUCAGACUGUUCUUUGCUUACAUAUAAAAGCUGUUUCUGAUGCCAUUAUUGCCUCUUGCUGGAUUGGCAUGAAUAUUUCAGCAUUUUCUUGAACGUUUGCCAAAUAGAGAGAGUUGAUUCUUUUUGAAAAAGCUUAUCUAAGCUUAGGGCAUGAGUGGAAAGCCUCUUAAUGUUACCAGCAUGACCCAGUAUCAUUUCUACAUGUUUUAACUGGUAUGAAUGGUGCAUUGUUUACAAAGGAUUUUUCUUUAAACAGGUUGUCAUGGUUAUUUAACAUAAAGCAGAAUGUAGGUUUAUCUCAUUAGUUUAAGAAAAAUAAUGUUUUCUUUUACAUGUAGCCGUUUAAACUGUACUUAUGCACUGUGCCGAGGUCCCGUCAUCUGUGACCUUUUCUUCCACUGAGACUGUUUACAUGGACAGUGCCUGACAGGUAUUGAUUGGAACACUGAACCAAGUGGCAAAAAAUAUGCAUUGUGUAUUAACUCUUUAGUUUAUUUUUUUUCUUUUUUAUCUAUUUAGAUUGCUAUUUAUCAGUUUUUUUUGUUUAUUUUUUUUAUAU